CACCGUCAGGGUAACGGAUCGACGAUACACAUUAUACGUCCUUCUUUGGGUCAAUAUGCGGCAGCUAACACAGCUUGGGCUCUUAGUCCAUGCAAUCACCGUGCAAACGGGUUACUGUUUUUUCUUUCCUUCCUUCGGACCACCAUCGUUGGAAAGUUAUAAUGUGGACGAGAAUGCCGUGUCAGUUUCUGGGCUAUCAUCUGGGGCAAGCAUGGCUGUUCAGUUCCAUGCGGCUUUUUCUAGUCGCGUGAUGGGAUUGGGUGUUAUGGCGGGAGUGCCUUACGGCUGCGCAGGACUAACUGGGAUGACAAUUCCUCUUUGCACGUUAUCACCAUCUUUAAUCAACACCCAGGUGCUCAUAUCAGGGACGGAAUCAGCUGCCGUUAUCGGGGCCAUCGACAACACCAAUAACACGGCGAACGACAAAAUUUUCAUUUAUAACGGGCUAUCAGACAGUGUGGUAAACAGUGAUGUUGGGCAAAAGCUUGUAGAGUUUUACCAGCAUUUCACCUCAAAUCAGGGGAAUAUCAUGACCAAGUUGGAUUUGGACGCUGAACAUGGGGUGCCAACUCUACAAUACGGGGGCCCGUGCACAAGUUUUAAUCCCCAAUACCUGCUGAAUUGCAACUACUGGACUGCUUACCACAUGUUGAACCAUAUUUAUGGGGGUCAACUGCAAGAGCCCACAGCAAGUACAACUCAAAGUGGACAGUUUCUGCAGUUUGACCAAUCAGACAUGUUUCAUCUGAGCACUCCCGGAAUGUACAGCAUGGACACCAUCGGCUACAUCUACGUGCCUUCAGGGUGUGCGGACAAAACUACUGAAUGCAAGCUACAUAUUGCUUUCCAUGGGUGCCAGCAAGGUAGAUAUUUUAUUGGGAACACGUUCGCCCGUCACGCCGGUUACAACGAGGUUGGCGAGCUGAAUAAUAUCCUCAUCCUGUAUCCUCAAGUGAUCUCUUCGCUCACGAAUCCCCUGGGGUGCUGGGACUGGUGGGGAUACACCGGCAUAUACUACAGAACGCAAUACGGAUUCCAAAUGACAGCCGUCAGGAGAAUGAUGGAGGCAGUGAUUGGAUAAUUCAGAAGCAAUAACGAUGUCUGAUGUAAACUUCUGAUCACAUCAUAAAUGAUUGUUACACACUAGAAUAAUGUGUUGCCAUUCUCAGUUAAUACUUUUCUUGACCUGUGUCACAAAAUAUCAGCAUACUGUCAAGUUUUAAGAGACUGGCUUACUUGGGCCCUAGCUUUUCAUGGAACUUCGUUCAUUCCAUUACCUAAUCUAUAACUUCAU